UUUUCCACAACAAUAACAAAGGGAGCAGUUGAGACCUCGGAGAAGAAACGAAAAAAGAACCGACUGCGAAGCUCCGAACUAAAGGGUCCACAAACUUUUAAUUUCUUCUGGGAAGAAUUGUAUUUAUAUAUUUUUAUAUAUCACACGGCAGUCUACCUCAAACACUUGAAGUGAUCUGUUUUUGUUCUUGAAGUCAGCCCUCUUCCUGUUUACAUUACUUUUUGCCGCAGGGCCUGUUUUUGCACAAUCAACAAAGAGCUAUGGCUGAACUUCAUCAGGUGUUCCUCGGCUGAGAAGUAGUAACUAAUGCACUUCAGCAACUUUACCAAGAUCUCAGUGAGCGGCUCCCGCAGCUGAUGACCAAAGAGCCUGGCCCUCGCCCACUCCCAGCAGGACUAUCCAGCCUCACGCCUCUGCCCCGGACAACAUCAUGUUCCAGAGGUUCACCAGCAUCUUGUUUGGAGACUCCCUGGAGGAGGGCAGUGGAUGUCCUGUGGAUCCAGACUUCAACGAGAAGGAGGAGGACGACGAGUGGAUUCUGGUCGAUUAUCUAGCGAAGGCCUGCUCCAGCGCGUGUGAAGACGAUCUGGUGGAGGUGUGCUCUGACGACGUCCCUCCCUUGGACCCUCCCGUGCGCUGUUCCUCCUGCUCAUCUCUGGAUUCAGCGGCAGACACUGACGCUGAGGACGGCAACUUCUUACGUCUAGAGGCGACCUGUGGGCUGGAAGAGAGCUGGUUCAUCACCCCUCCGCCUUGUUUCAUGGCUGGAGGCAGAGCUCCAGUCCUGCUGGAGACCAGUCCUCUGGAGAACCUACUGAUCGAGCAUCCCAGCAUGUCCGUGUACGCCGUUCACAGCCGUCGUCAACGACCUGCCAAAGAUGGCACCCGUGAGCCAUCGAUUUUAAGAUCUGAUGUUCAGCGCAGGCCCAGUCACCCCUCUGGCUGCUACACAGCCGCUCUGGUCGCUGCUCACGCCGGGUUUCUGGAGCAGACCAAGAACGGCCGCUUGGCCCAGCGCAUCCGUGACAACGUGGAGCGCCAGCAGCUGUCCCGCAACGCCCUCCGCCGCCUUAACCUGCUGCGCGAUGGCGGAGCCAGACAGGCCAAAGCCACCGGAGGCUACGUUCACCAGCCGGGACAGAGGCAGUACAACUACUGAGACGGUCCCCACUGCACUCCCCGCCCCGUCCUCCCCUGCACGCCACCUACUUCCACACUGGGAGAAUUGGUCUUUCGCCAGAAGGAACGGAGUCCUUUAGAAUCAAUGCCAUAGGUCACUUUACUUCACGGCAGGUUCCGCUCGACCUGAUUGUGUCUGCAUCAUGUUUCCUUUAUAAGCUCCAUCUGACAGGUUCUGUUUUGUGUUACGUGUCAUGAAGGUUGAAUAACCAAGUGUUUUGUUAUUGUGAGCACGAUGUUGUAGUGCUCUGUUUGAGCAUGUGUAGGCAGCUUGGCACUUUCAAUGCCUUUAACUUGUCUUUGCUUUUUUUUUUUUUUUUUUUGUUUUUUUUUAAAGCCAUACUAAAUUCAAUCACAUCAGUGAUGAAAUCAUCAGCAGCACUUUUGUGGUAAGGAAGGAACCUGCCUGUGAUUCUUUAGAUCAGUGCUUUCCUCCUCUUUGUUUGUUUUUUUUUUUUUUUUCUCUUUAAAAUAUACUGGGUUUAUUAUCACUAAAAGCCUUGUUUCCAUAGUAGAUUUCAAAAUAUGUAAAAUAUAUUUAAAAAACUUCCAAAAUAUUUUCAAAAGAAAAAAAUAUUAAAUAUAUUACAUAUCAGUAUGAAGUUGAUAAGAGUGUAUGUUAUCUGCGUAGAUAUGUAUGUAAGCAGUUUUUCCUAUUUUUAGUGACUGAUGUAUGACUGUGUAUAGUGCUAAUUUUCCAACAGGUGAAAAAGAAACAAAAAAAAGACAUCAAGUGUUGUAAUGGUAAUUUUCAUGUUUGCUCUAUAUCUGCAGUACAUGUCUCAGGGUCAUCACUGUUCACCUUUGCUCUUUGCUAAAAAUGCAGAUUACUUGCAGACGGUAAAUUGUCUCUGUACAUACUGGAGAACCUCUAACUUUGUGUAAACUUGUGGAAAUAUUUGUAAUUGAUGUAACGUGUGAAUGAAAGCUUGCUCCUCCGAGGACUGUGAAAACAAACUCUCUCUCUUAAUUGACUGUUAAAACCUUUGACGAUGGAGUGAAACUGUUAGCAUUUUUUUAAAUUUUUUUUUUUUUUUUUUUUUUUUUUAAGUUCUCUCAAUGUAGUGACUUUGUGUGUUAAAUGCCUUCUUCAUGUUUUGACUAGUUACACUUUGUAUUGCUGAGCGAAAUAUUUAAAGUAGCAACGAACUUCAAAGUCUUCGUAGGUUACGUUUGUUACUCUUUAUUCCUUUAUCGCGCGCGACCUGGUGUUGUAAAUUUCCGGUGACACUGCCAAGGUAAAUGUCUCCCCUAAAUGAAUGAAAGUAAAGCUGACGUUCGAUCGAAUGCAUAUUAUGUGCAUGAGCAACUCAAGGAAAACACCUACAGCUUCUUCUUUUGCUUGCCAGUCUGUGUUGAGCAGUAUAUUCAGACUUUUUUUCUCUGUGGACGAAGGGAAUGGAAAGGGACGUAAGGUUCUCUUUAUAUUCCUCGAGUAAUACUGGAGAGGCCCUCUUUUUCCCUAUGUCAGUAGACGCCUGAUAUUUGGUAUUCAUAACAGGGAUUUCAUUUUGCCUUGAAUUGCAUUUGGGGAUCAUGUGCCUUCCAGGUGAACAGUAUGACAAUGCAUCCGUGAAGAACUUGAAAUUUGUCCAAAGGGACACAAACAAAUGUAAUUUUACUAUGCACAGAGGAUUACCUUGUCUCUGUGAGCCACUUGCUCUGUCAACUUUUACACAAAAUGUAGCAAAUGUUUUUUGUGUUCAAUGUGUGAAGAAAAUUCUCUGUGGCAUUGCAAGUUUUAGACUAUGCUUUGGUUGAUUUUUUUUUUUUUUUUUUUUUUUUUUUUUUUUUUUU